AUGUCUUCACAACAUCCAGCGGGCAGGGCUGGCUUCCAGCCCAUAGACCCGUCAUUCCAGCGACCUUCAGAAGACCAUGUCGUCAACAUACCUCUUACACCAAUUGAGUCUCACCGCUCACUACGGACCAAAGAGGAGUCCGUCACAGCAUUCAAUCCCAGCACCGACAAAGUCACACGACCACCGUUUGAAAGGGCGGAUCACACACUAGACGCCCUUGGACCCUUCGAGAGAAAAGGUGGGAAGCGAAGGCUAUUGAGAGAUGGCCAAAGCUUCAACGAUGGCGAAGAAACUGCUUUGACCAAAGUUGGUUUGCUAUAUGAGAAAAUUCUCAACUUCAGUUUCAUUACUAGAUGGAUGAUAUAUAUCGCUCCACUGGCGUUGGCACUUGCUAUCCCAAUCAUCGUUGGAUCGACUGCUGCUCCAAACGCUACGAUUGGAGGCGUCCGUAUUGUUUGGUUCUUUGCUUGGACUGAGAUCGUCUGGUGCUCACUAUGGGUUUCCAAAAUGGUCGCGAAAUGCUUGCCUAUUGUCUUCAAGACUCUCGUUGGGGUCAUUAGCAGCGGUACCCGCAAGUACUACAAGGUCAUUCAACAGCUCGAAGUACCUCUAUCUCUCGUUGGUUGGUGUUUCGCCAGUUUCAUCUCAUUUCUCCAGAUUAUGACCCAUAACCCCGAUAAACGCAGGGAAAGGCUUACAGAUCCAACUGCAACUGAUACUAAACCGUGGCAGAGCAAAAUGAAUCUUGUCCUUGCUGCUGCUUUGGUUUCAUCCUUGAUCUUCCUUGUCAAGUCUGUCAUUGUCCAGUUGAUCUCGGUUCAAUACCACCAAAAGCAAUUCUCUGCAAGAAUCCUCGCAAACAAAGAUUACAUCAAGGUUCUUUCCAUACUCUUGGAGACUUCACGACAGGCAUUCCCUGCUUACUGCCCCGAGUUUGCUGAAGAGGAUUAUAUUUUGCACGCUGGAUUGGUGAAUGGGUUAGGAAGUCCACUGGCCAAGCAAAGUGGUGCUGCCACUCCCAUGAGGCUCCUUCAUCAAAUCGGGCGGGUAGGAGACAACAUCACAUCCGCAGUUGGCCAUGUCGCAAAGGAGAUUACUGGACGAAAUGUUCUAAACCCUAACUCUGCAAGGUCUGUAGUAGUUAAUGCUCUCGCACGAAGGACUACUAUAGAGGCGCUUGGUCGUCGUAUCUGGAUGAGCUUUGCAGAAGAAGGAAAAGAUACACUCUAUGUAGAUGACUUCCUCGAAGUUCUCGGUGUGGACAGACAAGAACAAGCUAAAGCGGCUUUCGUUAUGCUCGACAAAGAUGAGAAUGGGGAUAUUUCAUUGGAUGAAAUGAUCGGAACGAUUCUAGAAGUUGCUCGUGAGCGCAAGGCUUUGGCUAAGAGUAUGGGAGAUAUUGACUCUGCCAUCUCUGCCCUCAAUUCGCUCCUUUCCGCCAUUGUCUUCGUCGUCAUCAUCUUCGUCUUUGUUGCUUUCUUAAAUCAGAACUUUGUUACCACCCUUGGUACCGCCGGAGCCACUUUGCUCUCUCUUUCUUUCGUCUUCGCCGCCACUGCUCAAGAAAUUCUAGGCUCCUGCAUCUUUAUUUUUGUCAAGCAUCCAUAUGAUGUUGGUGACAGAAUUGACCUCGAGCUAAAAGAAUAUAUUGUCGAACACAUCUCCCUCCUCUACACCGUCUUCCGCCAAGUCGAAACCAACAAAUCCGUCCAAGUUCCAAACAACAUUCUCAAUGGCAAGUAUGUCGAAAAUGUCACCCGCUCUGGACCCAUGCGCGAAGUCGUUAUGUUUAAUGUUCAUUUCGACACAAGCAUGCGCGAGAUCAUGCUUCUCCGGUCAGAGCUCAUGAUGUUCGUUGAAGAAAAUAACCGUGACUUCCGAUCCGAUAACUUGAACGUUGAGAUCAACGCUGUGAAGCUUGAUAGUUUGGAACUUAGAGUCGAAAUUAGGUACAAAGGAAACUGGGCCGACCAACCUAAACGAGUCGAGCGCAGAAACAAGUUCAUGUCCGCUUUAGUCGCCGCCCUUCGCAAGAUUCCAAUUUACGGACCUGGUGCUGGCGAUCCAGGCCUCGGUGAAGGAGCCAACGCCCAAUACUUCGUUACCAUCGACCCCACCGAAGCGCAAAGACGCAAAGAACAAGCUGCGAAAGACAAGGAUGCUAAACGAUUCAGGACCGAGGAAGAAAUCGAAGCCGAGGAGGCAACCAAAGAAGCUAGUUCGUCGGCACCUGGAUCCGUACCCCUGGCUGGACCUACAAUCCUAACAACUUCGCCUUCUCAAACGAAUCUCAAUAUGCAGACCGAUCCCCGUGAUGAUACCCUUCUAGGUGAUGAUGCAAGUUUAAUCUCUCGUACUCGAUCCACUCGUCGUAACGACCUAAACCAAGUUCGCGAUAUCCUACGGAUGCAGAGCACUACCGGACGCCGUAGACGUAAUGGCUCACUAUCGACGCAGGAAGGUGUCUCUCCAAUAGUUAGGACAACGACUGGGUUCCAAUCCCUAGCCCUGUCCCAAAGCCGUGAUAAUUUUAGACGGCCAAGUAUCCCAAGCCCAAUAUCACAGCUCCCGCCACAGCAACAGUUCUACCAGUCUUAUGCUCAACCGGGGUCGUCGUACCACGGGCAGCCGCCCCAGCCGCCCCCACAAUCUCAACUGCCACAACUGCCACAGCAGCAGCAGCAACAACAACAGGGACAACAAUCCCAGUACCCACAACCCGGCCCGGCGCCACGAGACUCUCGAGACCCAUCAAAUAGGGACCCGUCAAAUAGAGUUUAA